AGAGCAAUGAUACAUUUGCACUUCGAAAUAAAAUAUUGUUAAAAAUGUUUAUGCGAAAAUUAAAAAUAAUCUCUCAAGUGAAUUCAUUAAAUUCUUUUGUUUACAAACGAUGUAGUACUGCUAUUGAUAAAACACUCGAAAAAACAAUGAACGCACAAGAUGAAGUGAAAAAAGCUCAGAAAACCAAUUAUGCACCAGGGACUUCGACAAUAUUUGAUAAAAUAUUAUCGAAAGAAAUUAAAGCUGAUAUUAUAUACGAGGACAAGUUAUGUAUGGCUUUUAAUGAUGUUAAUCCUCAAGCACCCGUACAUUUUCUAAUUAUUCCCAAACGAAAGAUUGCGAAACUGGAACAUGGCGGACCAGAUGAUGUAGAGUUAUUUGGUCAUCUAAUGUUACAAGCAGGAAUUCUUGGCAAGAAAAAAGCGCCGAACGGUUUUCGAGUUGUUAUAAACAAUGGGAAAGAUGGGGCUCAAUCAGUUUAUCAUUUGCAUCUUCAUGUUAUUGGAGGUCGUCAAAUGAAGUGGCCCCCUGGCUAAUAUUUUAUGCCAUUUAUAGGUCAACAUAAAACAUGUAUAUAUUCAAAAAUAUAUAAUAUGAAGUAAUAAUUUCUAUUUUGUAUGUAUUAUUUCAUAAAAUAU